AUGAGGAAUCACUACACAGUAGCUGUUCCUAAAUUGGAAUUUCCCCAAUUCAAUGGGAACAACCCCAGAGAAUGGAUAAGGAAGUGCGAGAAGUUUUUUCACCUUUACAGAAUCUCUGAGGAGAAUCAGGUGGAUAUGACAGAGCUACACUUGGAAGGGCAAGCUGAUCUAUGGUGCCAGAACUUUAAAAGGAGCAAAGAAGGAGUGGCUUGGAGCGAAUUCAAGGAGGAAAUUUGUAGCAGAUUCAAGGAAUUGGGGGAGGAUGAUGUCAUCGAGAAGUUCAACAAGCUACAACAGACCUCAUCUGUACUAGCUUACCAGGAAAAGUUUGAGGAACUUAGAGCUUUGGUGUUGGCUAAGGUUCCUAAUCUAUCAGAAUCAUAUUACGUGUCUUGCUUCUUGAGUGGACUGAAGAAUGAAGUCAAGACUGCGGUUAAAAUGUACAAACCAGACUCCCUGAAGUUAGCCUUUGAGAAGGCUAGGUGGCAAGAACAUCUCUUGGAAGCACUCUCCAAAAACAAUAGAGUGUCUUACAGGAAUCCCCUGCCAUCUAGUCUUAAUGGGGGACAUAUUGGCGCCAAUGGAAACAGAAGGAUGCAACAAAACAAUAUCAAGGAAACAAAAAAAAGGAAUGACUCUCAACCUGUCUUUAAGAAGAUCUCACCUUCUGAGUUUCAGUACAGAAAGGACCAUCACCUGUGUUUCAGAUGUGGGGAAAAAUUCUCCCCUGGUCAUGCUUGUAAGAACAAGGAGCUUCACAUGCUGCUGGUAGAUGAGGAGGAAUCAGAUAAAGAGGAGGAAGAGGAGGUUAUUGAGUACAGGGGUACUAAGGCAGACCAAGCAGUGGUAUUGGCCCUACAUUCGGUUUCAGGUGAGUUGUCAUCAAGCACCAUCAAAAUGCAAGGAAUAUAUGGUGAACACCAGCUAUCAAUUUUAGUGGAUGGAGGUAGUACUAACUGUUUCAUCAGACCUGCAGUUGCUCAGUUAUACCCUGAGAAAGUAAGGAAACUUAAACCUUUCAAAGUCAAAAUUGCAGAUGGGAAGGUUUUGCGUUGUGAUCAGUGGAUACCUCAGAUGAAGUGGGAGAUCCAGGGCCAUCAAUUUGAGCAUGAUGUAUAUGUGUUGAAUCUUGAACCUUAUGACAUGAUAAUUGGAGUUGAUUGGAUGAAAAAAUUUAGUCCCCUGACAUUUGAUUUUAAAGCAUUACAGAUAACUUUUGACAAUCAGGGAGAACAGGUCCUGUUGAAGGGGGAUUCUGAGGCUACACAGGUGAAGCUCAGGAAAGGGGAGGCAGCUGGCAAAGUCAUCAGGCACAAGAUCAGGAAAGGUCUGCAACAAUCUUGCAUGGUGAAGGUCCACAACGGCCAGGUAACUAGUGUGCCUAACUCUCUUACUGAUUUACUGGCUGAAUAUGAGGACAUUUUCGCUGAUCCUAAAACCUUGCCCCCAUCUAGAGCUCAUGACCGUGAGAUACCUCUUAGAGCAGAUGCUAGACCCUUCAAAAUUGCUCCCUAUAGGUACCCCCAUUCCCAAAAGACAGAGAUAGAAAGACAAAUUAAGGAAAUGUUAACCUCUGGUGUCAUUCAGAACAGUCACAGCCCUUUUGCCUCUCCAGCCCUCUUGGUAAAAAAGAAAGAUGGCAGUUGGAGACUCUGCAUUGAUUACAGACAAUUGAACAGCUUGACCAUCAAAGAUAAAUUUCCCAUACCCAUAAUAGAUGACCUUCUUGAUGAGCUGCAUGGAGCCAAAAUUUUUUCUAAAAUAGACCUCAGAUCAGGUUAUCACCAAAUUCGAAUGGCUCCUGCUGAUAUCCCAAAAACAGCUUUUAGGACACAUUCUAGAUUGUAUGAGUUCCUUGUCAUGUCUUUUGGGUUAACAAAUGCCCCUGCCACCUUUCAAGCUCUAAUAAAUUCUGUAUUCGAACCCUAUAUCAGGAAAUUUGUCCUUGUGUUUUUUGAUGACAUCCUGAUUUAUAGCCCUGAGCUUCCCACUCAUUUACACCACUUAUCCCUAGUACUGAAUACCCUCAGAACACACUCUCUUUAUGCUAAAUUGUCCAAAUGCACUUUUGGCCAGAAUCAAGUAGAGUAUCUAGGCCACAUAGUUACUGAGGCAGGUGUGAGUGCUGAUCCAGCAAAGGUUGAGGCUAUGCUUUCCUGGCCUGCUCCUACUAAUGUCAAGGCAUUGAGGGGAUUCCUGGGAUUGACAGGUUACUAUAGGAGAUUUGUGAAAGGUUAUGGGGUGAUUGCCAGACCUCUUACUGAGCUGCUCAAGAAGGGGCAAUUCAGUUGGAGUACAGAAGUAGACCAAGCAUUCCAAAAGUUAAAAGAAGCUAUGAGUACUACACCAGUUUUGACUCUACCUGACUUUACUAAACCAUUUGUUUUGGAAACGGAUGCAAGCCAAGCUGCCAUUGGGGCUGUUCUGAUGCAACAAGGAAAGGCCAUAGCCUACAUGAGUCAAGUAUUGGGUAAGAAGAAUCAAACCUUGUCAAUAUAUGAAAAAGAGCUGCUGUCGUUGAUAACUGCAGUGCAGAAAUGGAAACAUUAUCUGUUGGGUGGGCACUUUGUGAUUAAAACUGAUCAUGAGAGCUUGAAGUAUUUACUUGAUCAGAAAAUCACUACACCCUUACAGCAGAAGUGGUUGGCCAAGCUCAUGGGAAUGGAUUAUGAAAUUCAAUAUAAAAGGGGAAGAGAGAAUGUUGUGGCUGAUGCUCUAUCUAGGAAAGCAGAAGUAGUGGAAGGAGGGGAAGAAAAUGUGAUGGUGGAAGUGCAUGCAGUAUCAGCAGUUGCACCUCAGUGA